AAGUAUUGUGGAAGUAAGCCUGUCCUUAGUUGAAGUAAGUAGUCGAGGUACUGGUGAACAAGGGUCAAAAGAAGAAACCCUCAUUACACGCGUACCCACGGGAACCUUACGUUAGCCCGAGAUUGCCCAAUCAUCCGAGUUACGGCUUAUUCGACCCAGCACCAUAGCCUCUAUCCCACCUCUCACUCCGCGCGUCACGGCGCCAAAAACCAGCUCGUAGUACCCGCACAUGGCAGGAAAGCGCGACGUCGAUCCGUACGACCUAGGCGAGUUCGUGAGCGGUCUCAAAGGCGGGGGAAAGCGGUCGCUGGGUCGCCUGCAGGCCGCGCUGCGAUGGUGGCCUCACUCGCCUGAUUGGCGCGCUGUGGCGCUCGCAGCGUGUGUGGCGGCGCUGCUGCUGCUGGCCCAGCUGCACCGACAGCCGCAGCAAGGCUCUCUGGACAUCGAGAUCGCCGUCGCCUUGAUCCAACGGUCGAGAGGGGCGCACGCCCCGCCGAAAGGGCCGACCGGACCGCAGGCGGUCGAACAGAGACCAGGUGGCGCGCGGCGGGAUCCUGCUCGUGCUGGUAUCGUUGCUGCCGCGGCAGGGACAAUAUACAGCGCUGUUCUGGACCGUCCAGGUACAUUAACCGGAUCUGAUAGCAGCGAGGAGUUGGAGGUGAUUUCCCCUUCUUUGCCCCUCAAUCCCCCUCCCUCUGAUCGCCGACGACACGUUAGCGCUGCUGCUGCGACCGCUGGCGACGCCACCUCGCUCGUCGCCGAGACGUCGCGAAAGUCGCGAGGAGCAGAAUCAGAGGACGACGUCGCGAUUUCGCUAUCCGUCGGGGAUACCGCUGGCAGCGCACCUGUGCUUCUGAUACGAGGCAAGCACGGCGCACACGCCGGGGUGGCGCGUACUAAGAGUCUUUAUAGCAGUGCUGCUAGGAGUGGUAGUAAUGGCACCAAGCCGCCUCGAUCUUCCUCCGAGACAGCUGACGCGUCAGCCGCAACGGGGACUGUGGGCGCGGCAGCAGCUGCCCCCGCCCUGCAGGAGGCGCCUGCGGAAGCGCAACCAGCCACUGCGCGGUCGCCCGCGAAUCAGGCAGCGGUGAAGGCGGAAGCGGUAAAGGCGGAAGCGGUGAAGGCGGAAGCGGUGAAGGCGGAAGCGGUGAAGGCGGAAGUGGGGAAGGCGGAGGCGGUGAAGGCGCGCCCGCUGAUCAACGUAACAGAGGCGGAGGAGUGCCGCGUUCCGCGCGCCGUGGGGGCGUGCAGGGUGGCGGAGGGGGAGAGAAUACACGUGGUGCUGGUGUCGGCCAUGUGGGAGAGAGAAUCGCAGACCAAGGAGGAGACGGAGGCGAUGCUCAAGUCGAUGCUGUACGGCACGCGCUGCCCGCUGCACGUGCACUUCGUCAUCGCGGGGGAGCCGGAGGAGUCCGCCUUGAGAGGCAUUUUGACGGGGCUAAGUGGCAUCGAGAUGACCCCCAACCCCUCGCCCUACACUGCUCAUAGCACUGAUCCGUCUGACGACAGCAGCCGCAGCAGCAGCAGCGGCAGCGGCGGUGGCGGCGGCGGCGGCGGUUCCCCCCCGUCCCUCUCCACCGCCCCUCCCUCUCCCCGGGGUUACAGCAACUGGAACAGCACCAAUUCCCCUGACGCGCACCCCUCCCCUCUCCUCUUCAGUCUGCACUUCCUCCCCGCCGCGUGGGUCGCUGCCCGUGCUGCUGCCCUGCACUUCCCCACCUCGCACCACUCGGGCAUCCCGGGCAUGAGCAAAUUCUUCCUGCCCGAGAUCCUGUGGCAGGUGCCCCGGGCAGUUUUCCUGGACGUGGAUAUGAUUCUGGCUACAGACAUUCAGGAGCUCUGGGGGCACUUGGAUGCGAUGAGAGGGGAGAGGGAGAUGCUGUAUUGGAUGGGGAACAACCACCCUGAGGGGGGCAGCAUGCGGCGGCUGAGGGACCCUUACUGCAGCUGCCAGCUGGUGAUGGACCUGGAGAGGAUGCGGCAGGCCAACAUGAGCCGGCUCUUCCAGGAAGCCCUGAAUGGCACGAAGCCCACAGACCUCCCGGAUUUCUUCGACGGGGACCAGUUCCUCUUCAUGCACAUCUGCAAGCACAACCCCCACCGCUGCCGCAUCCUGCCCCGCCUCUGGAAUGUCUCUGGGUGCACCAAGCCGCUGCACUUUCUGGGGCUCAGUGCGAGGGGUAAGGAGGAGAAUGGAAACUGUUGGCACAUCGUGCAUUUCAACUGUAUGGGGUAUGGUAAGGGCCAGAGGGGAGGGAAGAUUGUGCCAAAUGAAUGGCAGGAGGCUAUGAAUUGGAGCCAAGGACUGAGUUUGGAAAACCUUAGGAGGAAGUGACUAGGUGGGUAUGUGUGAAGUGGGGAUACUAACAGAUGCAGGCGUAUCGAUACGGGUUGCAACUAGUGUGGUUUCUGACUUUGUGGUAGUCACAGAUGUAUAGGUCCAGAUACAAGUAGCUAAGCUUCCUGUUGCUAUGCUCCUACCCAGUGUCAACUUAUACAUACUAGCUAUGUAGAAGUUAUAGGCUAGACUGAGGU